CUUAAAUAGGGAAGAAGAAUUAAUGGGUUUAAUACAAGAUGGGAAGAUACAACAGGCAAAUCUAGAGGGAGAGAUAGAAUCACUGAAAACAAAACUAACAGAGAGGACAAAAUUAAUGGCUUUAAGGGAGAACAUGAUAAAUCAAAAUUGGGAAACAGAAUUUAAGACAUUAAAAAAAGAAUUAGAGCAAAUGCUACACCAAAUUAAGACACAAGAGAGUAAUUUUGAAAUAAAAUUAAGAAAUAAAGAAUUAGAAUAUGACACCAAGGCCUUAAAAUUACUAAACGAAAUUAAAUAUAAAGAGUCAGAACUAAAAGAAAUUAAAUCAACCCUAACAACAAGACUAAAUGAAAUCUCAAUUGAAAAUCAUACCCUCAAAGACAAAUUACAAAAAUCCUCCCACUUCUUUCACGAAACAUUAGGGAUGAAGGAGGUACAACUAAUGGCAAUUAAGCAAAACAUUAAUUCAACACCAAACGUAACAAAAGAUACAGAAUUAGAACAGACCCCAGUGAAGCAAAGAAGGGAGCACACACCACUACCACAACGGGGAAAAACAAUAGAAAACAAAGGGGGUGAAAACAAAAAGACCACACAGAAUCAGCCUAAAAAUCACACAUACAGCACAAUAAUAAAGAAGAACAUCCAUGCACAAAAAACGCUCGAAACACAACAAGAAAAGGGGCUAGGGAUCACCCUCACAAGCACACACAAAAACUGGUCACAAUUAGACAUUAGAAGGGCAUUACUAACGGAAAUAAAAGUGCACGGGAUAAACAGGGACAACUUUAAAAUUCAAGACACAACUAAACGGGAAGACAAACAAUAUAUUAGAAUUAGAGACACACAGACCCUUCAACAGUUUAGGGACUUAAUAAAGGCCAGUCCAGUAUUAUUAGAAUACAGGGAGGAAACACAAGACACACCACAAUUAAACAACACACCAAAACCACAAACAAACACAAAAAACGCCCCCAGAAAGAAACCACAAAUCAAGAUAGCCAAAGUGCUCAAUGGGAUUUUCCACGAAGAAAUAAUUUCCAGCUUCGUAGAACAAUACCAGCUAGAAAGAGGGUCUAUAAAAAUAGUACAUAGUUUUCAAACUGAAGGGCCAUCAAACACGACAUGA